AUGCCGGGAAGCGAGGCUCUUCGCAUGUUCCGGUGGCUCUCGCGGAGUCCCGGAUUUUUUGCCAGGCCCGAGGCGACAACGAUACGAUGCCUUUCUACUUCCGUGUCGCGAUCGACGACCACCGAGGCACAGCCUUCGACUGAAUAUCUCACCAGAGAAGCCCCAGUCACCUCGCAUCCGUUGUUGAACCCCGAGCCCGUCAAGGCUACCGCAUACCAUUUCCCCUCUAUGGAACCCCUCCGUUUCGUCGAAUACUCGAGAAACCACCUCCUGAUGCCCCUCCGGAAAGACAUUUUGCACCGAGCAGUCGUAUACGAAGGUGACAAGACCCGACAAGGUAGCGCGAACACCAAGUGGAGGGACGAAGUGCACGGAAGCCACCGAAAAUUGCAUCCGCAAAAGGGAACAGGUCGGGCACGUGUUGGUAACAAGCAGUCGCCUAUCCGGAAGGGUGGUGGUGUUGCCUUUGGUCCUAAGCCCCGCGAUUUCUCCUCCGAGCUCCCGCGGAAGAUUUACGACCAGGCAUGGCGGAUUGCCCUCAGUUACCGGUACAAGCGGGGCCAGCUGAUUAUCCUGGACAACGAGAUUUCGAUUCCUGAGGACGCAACGCCGCAUCUGAUUACGGAUAUGUUCAAGGCCAACAACUGGGGACGGGAGUUUGGCCGCUCUACGCUGAUUACGGAACAUUUGGAUGAGCAUCUAUUCUCGACUGUUCGCGAGGUGGGACAGCACGCGAAGAUAUUGGACCGCCCGGAUGUCGAUGUUAAGGAUAUUUUGGAGACUGGCCGAUUGAUUAUCGAGAAGAAGGCGCUGGACCGGCUGCUGGCUACGCAUUCGAGGGAUUUGAACAGCAAACCCGCGCGGGCUCUGUAUUGA